AAUAAGUGGAUUUUUAUCUACAAGGAUGAUACAUGUAACACUUGUGUACAGUGUAUAUGACAGCAUACACACAUAUCUACAUAAACUUGUGUACUGUGUGUACGACAGCAUACACACAUAUCUACGUACACUUAUGUACAGUGUAUACGACAGCAUACACACGUAUCUACGUACACUCGUGUACAGUGUAUACGACAGCAUACACACAUAUCUACGUACACUUGCGUAUAGUGUAUACGACAGCAUACACACAUAUCUACGUACACUUGUGUACAGUGUAUACGACAGCAUACACACAUAUCUACGUACACUUGUGUACAGUGUAUUCGACAGCAUACACACAUAUCUACGUACACUUGUGUACAGUGUAUACGACAGCAUACACACAUAUCUACGAACACUUGUGUACAGUGUAUACGACAGCAUACACACAUAUCUACGUAAACUUGUGUACAGUGUAUACGACAGCAUACACACAUAUCUACGUACACUUGUGUACAGUGUAUUCGACAGCAUACACACAUAUCUACGUACACUUGUGUACAGUGUAUACGACAGCAUACACACAUAUCUACGUAAACUUGUGUACAGUGUAUACGACAGCAUACACACAUAUCUACGUAAAUUUGUGUACAGUGUAUACGACAGCAUAUCUACGUACACUUGUGUACGGUGUAUACGACAGCAUAUCUACGUACACUUGUGUACGAUGUAUACGACAGCAUAUACACAUAUCUUCGUACCCUUGUGUACAGUGUAUACGACAGCAUACACUCAUAUCUACGUACACUUGUGUACGGUGUGUAUUACAGCACACAUACAUAUCUACAUACACUCGUGUACAGUGUAUACGACAGCAUACACACAUAUCUACGUACACUUGUGUACGGUGUAUACGACAGCAUACACAUAUAUCUACGUACACUUGUGUACGGUGUGUAUGACAACAUACACACAUAUCUAUGUACACUCGUGUACAGUGUGUACGACAGCAUACACACAUAUCUACGUAGUGUCUGCUGUGUAUAAUGACUAGAUGACAUCAUAGGAACAUUUAUAACAAUAAGUACACAAGCUACCAUGAAUAUUUCUAACCAGGAACACAACUGUUCUGAUCAUACACAGUAUAUUGCAUUCUAUUUUGAUAUUAAGGUGAAGCACCUCAGUCAGAUUUGACUAACAUGGAAUCCUGCAAGCUUAUCUCCCCUUGUCUUAUAGGUUUAAUUGACCAAUAUGAAAAAAUUCUCCUUUACUUCCUGUUGUUAAGAUUGACAUCGUAUUCAUAGGAUUUACUAGACAUAUCAUGGAUUAUCUCCCCUUGCCAGUAUUUUCAUUCAAAGGAUUUAUUUACUUACAUGGAAUAAUACUGGUUUAUCUCCCCUCGUCAAUAUAUUUUACCUGUUUUACUAUCACAUGGAAUGGGGUAUUCUGGCUUACCUCCCCUUGUUAAUAUUUUACUCACAGGACUUACAGUUAAGGGGGUUUAGAUACACAUCUAUUAUAUAAUGUAUCAAGUGAAAUUUAAAACAAGGACAUUCUUACAUGAACAAUAAUCUCAAUUAUGGGAAAAGGCCCUUUCAUACAUAUUUAAACUUUUCAUCUUUCUUUUUUCUUUUCUUUUUUUUUUUUUUUUUUGAGAUGUUUUUAUAAUUCAUUUCUUUUUUACUGUAUAUGUUUGUUUUGUACUGAACCGGGUGUUAUCCCUAUGAUUAUAUGUUGAAAAUAAUUCAAGAAGAGAUUUGAUUACUUUGCUGAAAAAACUGUUGAUUCAAAGAAUAUUUGGCUUUCUAUUGAAGAUCUUUGGAGAAGAUAAUUGGAGAAAAAUUAAGUCAAAACCGAUAAGAAAUAAAACUUUUCUAUUUCUCUCUAACAAUGUUUGAACUCCCCAGAAUUUUAAUUGCAAAUACUGACAACCUAGUUGACUUCUUGAUUGCCUUAAUUUAUUGUAGCAUAUAUAUGUAUAGUGAACUCCAUCACUUGGUCCUUACCAGGAAAUUUUUGCAUAAAAACUGGUAAAACACAAAAGAGACAUGAAUCUGUUCUGACUUCCAUGUAACAAUGUCUGACCCCUCCAGAGCCCCCCUAACAAAUAUCAUAUCCUAGUACAGUUAUAUAUAUAAAUCACUUGCACCAAAACUAUUGCGAAAAAAUUGAAAACAAGUUAAAUUUGAAAAACAAAAACAAAAAUGUUAGCUUUGUCUGAACAGCAUUAAUGCUUGAACCAGAGGCAACAUCCUACAAAAUGUAUGUGAAAUUUAAAUGCUCUCAACAAACAUUUGACCAACAUUGAUGCAGACUACAUCAGCUUUAUCUAUUAGGCAAGGUUAAAAUGACAAUCAGAACACAAUAUGAAAAGCUACACA